AUGUUAAAAUCAAGUGUGUGGAGAAUAGGAAACAACCAAUACAGCAGCAUGGGAAGAAGCAUUCCUACAUUAUUCAUCACAACAAAAUUUGCUCCGAGUUUAAAGUAUGAAUUGAGAACCUUUUCGGAAUUUGAAUUUCGAAAUUAUCAUCAUCGUCAUCUUCUGAAGAAACAGUCGAAUAACGCUGUGAUGGAAAAUAAUGUCGUUGAGCCUGAACCGAAUUUCAUACAUUCUUCCCACACCCUACCAUCCACAAAACUUUUAAAAACAAAGCUUGAUGAAAAUUCAUGUUGGACCACACUUGAAGACUAUUUUUCAUCCAAUUCAACCCUCGAAGAUGUAUUUGUAAAGGCUACAUUCAGUAAGCCUUCAGCAGAAACAAAUUCCAAUGUUGAAAAAUCUUCCAAAGACAUGAUUGCGAAGGUUCAAGUGCGACCGAUUCAAUUAAAAGACAAGAAGAAUAGAAACGACACAAAUAUGCCAUCAUCAUCAACAUUGCAUUAUCAAUUCACUCUAUUUCAUAAUAGAAAGGCAACUCAUCAAAAUAUUUCAUCUCCUAGUGAGGCAUUUGCAAAAGUCAAAGAUCUUAUCAUCUCGAACAGAUAUCAACAAGUUUUAAUUCAACCACCUUCUGGGCACAAUGUACAAAUGCUAUUGAAAUAUACUUGCGCAGACGAUAAUGAAAUAGACACUCCAUUGAUUGAGGGCGUUAAAAUGUUGACAUUUACAGAACAAGCUAAAAGUACUGACUCGACCAUCCUUACUCAAGAAUCUACACCUAACAUUGAACGUGACCACAACAGAAAAAAGCAUUACAUUCUUGAGGAAGGAAAAAGAAUACCAUUCCUUGUAGAUCUUGGCAUUAUGCAUCCUGAAUCUGGAAAAGUGCUGGCACCAAAAUAUAACAAGUUCAGACAAAUGAAUCACUUUUUAGAGAUAUUCAAAGACACCAUUUCUGAGAGUGUCAUUGAGCAGAAAGACACUCUGCGUAUUAUUGACUUUGGAUGUGGAAAAUCAUACCUUACAUUUGCUCUUCAUUACUACUUGAAAGAUAUUCUCAAAAUUGAAAACUUUCAAAUUAUUGGACUCGAUCUCAAGGCGGAUGUUAUCGAGAAAUGUAAUACUCUUGCCAUUAAAUAUGGCAUGCAACACGAAUUGAAAUUUGUGGUGGGUGAUAUUCAUUCCUUUGAACUCUCGCCACACUUUCUCGAUCCACGACAAGAUCUGUCCUCUGAAGUGGACAUUGUUGUGUCUCUUCACGCUUGCAAUACAGCAACCGACAAGGCACUUGCUCAAAGUGUGAAAUGGUCUGCAAAGUGUAUCAUUUCAGUUCCUUGUUGUCAUCAUGAAGUGUAUCAACAACUGAAACAUGCAAAAACCUUGCCCGAAGAUCACUUGCUGUAUCCACUUUUGAAACAUGGCUCAUUGAGUGAAAAAUUCUGCUCACUCUACACGGACAGCCUCAGAUGUCAGUUAUUGGAAAUUGCUGGCUACAAGACCUCAAUUGUCGAAUUCAUUGAAACCGAACACACACCCAAAAACCUCAUGAUCCGAGCCAUCAAACCUGGCCGCACACCAACAACAUCCACUACUGAUACAAACAAAAUACAACGGGAUCUACUCAUUCAACGCUACGUGAAGCAGAAGCAAAGCCUUCCCGUCAAGAUUUCUUUAGAGGAUUUCAUGCAAUCCUUUUUUGAAAACAAUUGA